AUUACUUUGUCGGUGGCGGUCCGGUUUGGGAUUUUACGCCUAAUUCCACCUAUGGAGAUGCUAAAAAGUUAGGAAGUGUUGCUCCUGGGAACGUAUCUAAUAUUCACAAGUUGAAACUUGCUGGAAAACCACAUGGGACGAAGAAAAAAAACAUCUGCGAGGCCGUCCAAGGUGUGGCUGCUAGAGAAGGACAAGGCAGAGAGGACCGCUCCUCCCUCACCCCCUCCCUCGCUGUCCUUUCAGGGAUAGCACGGUCCGUGUUUGUUUUUCUUUGUUUCUUUUUUGCUUUCUUUUUUUUUUUAUGCCCGGACACUACCCGCAAACGUGUGAAUUCAUGAUCACAUGACCGUGGAUAUGGACGCAGUCCUAUCCGACUUUGUCCGUUCCACUGGAGCUGAACCGGGAUUGGCCAGAGAUCUGCUAGAGGGCAAGAACUGGGACUUCACUGCUGCCCUCAGUGACUUUGAGCAGCUACGGCAGGUGCAUGCUGGGAACCUGACGUAUUCGUUCACAGAGGAGAGGAACUAUCUGCCCCAAGAAAAGGAGAUGGCCCGGGUAGGACGGCCGGUUCUCCAACGCCAGGAUGAGGUGGUGCAAACAGCGACAGAAAAGCGCUUGUCGCGGGGCAUUUCGCACGCCAGUUCCACCAUCGUGUCCCUGGCCCGCUCUCACGUCUCGAGCACUGGAGGAAGCAGCAGUGAGCCGCUUCUAGACACGCCCCUGUGCACUUUCCAACUACCAGACCUCACCGUGUACCGGGACGACUUCCGCAACUUCAUCGAGAGGGACCUCAUCGAGCAGUCCAUGAUGGUGGCUUUGGAGCACGCUGGGCGUCUGAACUGGUGGACUAAAGUCGUCUCAAACUGUCAGAAUCUGCUGCCUCUGGCAACCAGCGGGGACGGAAACUGUCUGUUACACGCAGCCUCCCUCGGCAUGUGGGGUUUCCACGAUCGGGACCUGAUGCUGCGAAAGUCCCUGUAUGCGCUGAUGGACCACGGCUUGGAGAGAGAGGCACUGAAGCGCAGGUGGAGGUGGCAGCAGACGCAGCAGAACAAAGAGUCUGGUCUGGUGUACACGGAGGAGGAGUGGCAGAAAGAGUGGAAUGAACUGUUGAAGCUGGCCUCCAGCGAGCCGAGAAUACACUACAGCACCAACGGCACCAACGGGGCGGAGUCCUCUGAUGAGCCGGUUUACGAGAGUUUGGAGGAGUUUCACGUCUUCGUCUUGGCUCACGUCCUCAGACGACCCAUAGUGGUGGUGGCCGACACCAUGCUGAGGGACUCUGGAGGAGAAGCCUUUGCCCCCAUCCCGUUCGGAGGCAUCUACCUACCGCUGGAAGUGCCAGCUGCCAAGUGCCAUCGAUCGCCCCUGGUCCUGGCGUACGACCAGGCGCACUUCUCUGCCCUGGUCUCCAUGGAGCAGAAAGAUAGCUCAAAAGAGCAAGUUGUGAUCCCUCUCACCGACUCGGAGCACAAAAUGCUGCCGCUGCACUUUGCUGUGGACCCGGGGAAGGACUGGGAGUGGGGCAAGGAUGACACGGACAACGUGAUGCUGGCGAGUGUGGCUCUUUCUUUGGAGGCUAAGCUCCAGAUGUUGCACAGCUACAUGACGGUCACCUGGCUGCCCCUGCCCUGUGAGCAAGCCCCCCUGGCCCAGCCUGAGUCUCCCACAGCGUCGGCAGGAGAGGAUGCCCGCACGCCUCCGGACUCAGGAGAGUCAGACAAGGAGUCAGUCAGCAGCAGCUCCAACGGAAACGGAGACACGACCACAGGAUCAACGGUCAACGGGGGCGGCUCCUUGGCCAAGAACAGCUCCUCUUCCUCGUCCAGCUCCUCCAGCAACGGAUCUGCAACGGGAACAGCCGGGAAGGACAAAACCAAGAAGGAGAAAGACAAGGACAAAGACAAGAAGAGGGCGGACUCUGUGGCCAACAAACUCGGCAGCUUUGGCAAGAGUCUGGGCAGCAAGCUGAAGAAGAACGUGGGCGGACUGAUGACAGGAAAGAACGCUGGAGCCGGAGGUGUCAAGCAGGAGGGCGGGGAGAAGAAGAAAGGCUCUUUUAGGGGGCGGAAGGGCAGCAAGGAUGGCUCGCCUUCAGCACAUGCCUCAGAGGAUUCUGGGAAAGGCUCUCCCUCCUCAGGUAGCGAGCGUCUAAAUGGAACAGGGAGCAGUAUGAGCAGCAGCGGCGGGAGCAGCACCGAGUGUGAGACCUACAAGUACAGCGCAGAUGUCAAGGUGAGCAUGGGAAUCCUGCGAGCCGCCAUGCAGGGCGAGAGAAAGUUAAUCUUUGCCAGCCUCCUCACUACAAGCAACCGGCAGCCCUUCCAGGAGGAGAUGAUCCAGCGCUACCUGAGCGACGCAGAGGAGCGCUUUCGAGUGGAGCAGGAACAACAGCGGCGUGAUCUGGAGAGGAAGAACAUCACCAACGGCAUUCAGAUACCCAAGAAGGAGACCGUUGGGGGUCCAGAGCAGACAUACCGAGCUUUUGAAGCUAAAGAGGAGCUGUCAGAGAACUCCUCCCCUACCUUCAGCCAACUCAAGGCCUCUCCUUUGACCACCUCCAUGUACUCUGGUGUCGUUCCAAUCCCCCGGCCCUCCUUCAUAGACCAGCCUGCUGCUGCUCCGCCCCUCACACAGCACCUUCACAUGCACGGCUACAUGGAUACUAGGCGCCAGCUUGCUGGCGGCUCCCCUGCAACCUCUUACCCUGGUCUCCCCUCUUACGCCACCCUUCCCCGGCACUGCCCCACAACGCAGGGUCCCUCACAUCCCCAAUAUAACAACUCCCAAGGCCCCUCCUCUUUAAGUCCCACACGCCUUGCACCCUCGUACCUCCCUGAGUUUGACCCCCCGGACUAUCCGGGGUCUGAACACGCUGCUGGGAGUUACACUAAUGGCUUCAGGGACAUACGCGCCAACCUCGACUCCCGAAGCGGGCAGCCCCCUGUCAGACACUACUCCCUGGGCAGCGCAGGCGGUCUGGCUAGCCUGCAGUCCAGCCGCUGUCGGACACCCAGCUGCACCUACUACGGACACCCCGAGACGGGGAACUACUGCUCUUACUGCUACCGGGAAGAGCUGAAAAAGAGGGAGACAGAACCAGCCAUCCACAGGUUCUGAACGGACCUCGCUAUGGCUUGAUUUUGAUGAGUGGCCUUUUUCAGUGAAAGAAAAAUAAUGUCUGGGGCGGAUCAGCCCUCUAAAUGGACGCGAGAAAGGCAAAACCAGCUCCCUCCCGUUUUUAGCCGUGUCACUUUCCGUUGGAGUAGCCAACAGUCGACACACACUACAGUGUAAACAGGAUGGUUUGACUGCUGGGGUCACAUAAUAGACCAUAGAAUAAUUCAACUGCACUUCUGUUACAUUUUGCUGUGGCUCUUAUGCAGGCGUUAUGUAUGAGUGUGUUUGUGUGUCUGUGUGUGUGUGUGUGUGUGUUUGUGUGUUCGUUUAUGUGUGUGUUUGUGAGCUGCAGGCUCUCCUCCCUUAUCAGUUAAACGCCUUGCUACUAUCUCCUCCUAGUGGAGAGAAUGUAUAUGGCAGGCACCAUACACAACACUCCACACACAUACAGUGACAUGCCCACAUCUUCACCAAGUCAGACUCACACUACUCCAUACGCAGCGAUGCAAGCACAAACAGAAAGGGCACGAGUGUCUGCUGCAUUGUUUGGUCUGUGAUAAUGUUUGGAUGGUUAGCUGAGGGAUGUUUGAGCGUUUUGAAGUCCCAUCAGUCGAGGGUGAUUUCAGCGCUGAACAGAUUUUACACUACUGUUACUAGAAGCUUGCGUCAUAUGUACCUCGGGAAACAGCAGAAAUAAUCUUCAUCAAAUUGCUUUUUCGUCUGGCACCAUUUGCAUAAUGCAAAUUGAAAGUAGCGUGCAAUGCUAAUGACUAAGCGCUCUGUUGGCUGCUGUGGUGCUAAUUUUACAGAAUGCAAACCCAGAAUUGUCCAUGCAUUGAGGCAACAGCUCUGCACUGUCAGCAUUAUCUUUUUGGCAAAAAUAAAUAUCUACUAAAUGUAUGUAUAAAUGAAAUCCUGAAGAUGUCGACCUCAAUGCAUCAGGUCCCGGUGUUGAUCAGGCGUUGCAGAUCAAAGAUAACAUACAUAGCAGUAUGGUAAGAAACUUUCUCAGAGCCUGAUCGGAGUAAUUUAAAUGUUUGUUGGAACCUCUCUCUUUCUCAGUUGGGUCUUCCUGUUUCUGUAACAAUGGCUGGCUUGAAGGCUUUUCAUUGUGGCAAACCGAGGCAUGCAUCACGACACGCUGCAAAGUCAAUACGUCACACUCAGCAGAACAGAAUUUGGAGACAACUGUCACAUGCAUUAUAUGCUUUUCUCUCAAACUAUUUAACUGUUUCUGAACACAUUUGUGGAUUUUAGACAAGGAAAUGAAGGCUGCAACUGAUGAUAGAGCCAUUGUGGAUUAAUCUGUUGAUUCAUUUCUUUAUUAAAUGAUUGGUUUAUUCUAUAAAAUACCAGAACGCUGUGAAAAUGUCAGUCAGUGUCUUUUUUCGACAACACACAGUUAUUAGUCAAGCGCUGUUUUCACACAUGCACCUUGUUAAAAAAAGCAUGUAGGACACCCUGCCCCUGAAGUCUUCCUCAGUUGCUGAUCCUUCAUAGUGGGAUGUUUUUUUCCUGUCAGACGAGGGCGGGGGGGUCUCAGGAGGCAAGACAUGACGCCAAAAAGACGCAGCAGGAUAGAUGGCAGGCGACACUAUAAUGACCCUUUUUCUGCUUUUAUAUUAAAGUUAUGUGUAAUUGGAUGAAUUCACAGUAUCAACAACCAAGUGGAAAAUAACAAGCUGGCGAGCAGAAAGUAUGAAGCAGCUUCAUCACAUGAACUGAGAUCUCACCGGUCAGGUGAUUUAAAAACACCAUCAUCCCCUCCCCCCAUUUGCUUUUCCUGAAUAUUUCCUGCUGCGUUCAAACACCAGCCCACCUAAAAGUUUUGUGCAUGUGUGAAAACACCUGAAUCAGAAUUUAAUAUUUGAAGCUCCAGAAAAUGAUAUAACUGUCGAAAUCGAAAAAAGCCACAUGAAGUUCUUCUAAAGCAGCGAGAUUAUCUGCAGUUGAAGAAUAUUGUCUCCAAAUUCUGUUUGCAUGGUAGGAAGGAAAUGUGCUCUUCUGUAGGGUUAUGAUACCCAGUUUCAUUUGUCUUCUGUUAACAAGUUAGACGCUCCAGUAAGAAACUGCUCUGAUACGACGUGCCCUCUGCGAUCUGAUGGUUGAAAAAUGCGAAACAGGUCAUCCGAUCUCAUGAUCACAUUUUCUGAUCACUUCAAACUUUCAUGGUGUUUCUGCUCACAGGACAUCUUGUCACCAGUACUUUUUUGGUCACCCACUGCAAAUUCUGAAGUUCUACUGAAGGCUGUUUUCUAGAUUUCUGGCAUUCGUCCCGCCAAAUCCAGUAACGUUCUCUCUUUCUGCACAACUUCAAGCACUUUUCCUGAUGUCCGUAUAGAUACAAACCUUUUUACUGUUUUUUGAAGUGGCCUGACUGUUGUCCUUUGUCCAUCUCUGCAGACACUGCCACCUCUGUCCACCAGAAACCAGGGCCGCAGCUCAGACGGGUUUCUCUUAAGGAUUCAGUUACUGUAGAGCUACAGCAUUUUGGUGCCAGCGUCACCAUCUUACUCAGUUUCCUAGUUGCCUUCUUCAGCGUUUGUCCUUGUGACAUCACAAUCCUGUUUGUACAUUGUUCAAGACGAACAUCGAGUAUCCGCUGCUUGCUUCAUUGCCUGCAGUUUCUGCUACUACUGCCCCAAAAUGUAACUUUGUUUAAAUUAUUUUUAAAAAGCGUGGAAGUAAUUGGGAUCUUUCUUUUUUUUUCCCUUUCAGUUAGAUGUAUGAUUUUACAGAUGCAGGCCGAUGUUCUGUUUGAGUCUUCCUUAUUUAAUUUGAAACUCAAGGCUGUUUUAGUUUCUCUUCUGACUACUUAAUUCUUAUUUUGAUUCCCUUUGAUAAGCCAUUGUGAGGAAUUUCUUUAAACAUAGUGUGACUAAAGUUGCUUUCCUCGAAUCUAUUCUUCAGCGUUAAAUUUAGAAAAGCACAAUUUAGUAUGCAAUUCACUGCCUUGCCCAGUUGAGGGCGCUCUUGUUUUGUUUUUUCCUUUUAGCUCAGUCUCUGGAGCCUACCUUUGUGACCAAACUGCAAACGAAAAAUAACCAAAAUAAUAGAGAAUAACUUUGAGUAGUGGUAAUUUAACACUUUGUUACAGUAUAUUGAAAAAGUUUUAAGUUAAAAAAAAAAAAGCUAGUCGUGGGAGAAGAAUCUUUUUUCUGUGUUCAAAGUAACACUUGAGUUUUACUGACAUUGAAACCUUUAAAUCAUGCUGCUCCCUCCUCCCUAAAAAAAACAACAUUUGCCGUGUUUUCUGUGUGCUAACGUGUCCAUGCACUUACAUUUAAUUCAGAGGAGACCCGUGAGGCGUUCACUGACUGUGGGAAAGGUGAUGCGUGUAUUUAAAAAUGUUGCAUGUGUGCAGACUGUCUCCUUCCCUCCAAAAUAAUAAUCAGCUCCAACGAAAAAAACAUUUCUGAAUUGUAUUUUUUUGCAAUGAAACAAAUGCCUCAGAAACAUGUGGGACAGUAGAUGUUAUAGGCUUCAAACACUUUUUUUGUAUUUAAGAAAACAAAAACAAUGAGAUGUUGUAUAAAUAUGUUCCAAGUUAUUUUUGUAAGCCCAAAGUUUUACAGUGUUUUUAAAGGGUGAGAAUGUAUUUUGUUGGAAACUGAAAUGCUUGUAGGAGCCUGGAUGUGGGGUACAGAUUUUGUGUUUAACCAGAAAGUGGCUGCUGAAGGCGACUCCCAGACGGGCCUCGUGGGUCUCUCAUUGCAAACUAAUUUCCUCAAUGCUGACCUAACAAGAUACCAUUUGAGAAUUUAUAUUUAUAGUGAGACUUUUUUUUUUUUUUUUUUAAUAGGUUUCCUUGUGGAAUGUUUAGUUGCAACAUUUUAGGAUGUUCUUUCUCACAUGGCUAGUUGUCUAGCAGUCUUGGCUUUUAUUUGUCGCUUUUAUUGAUUUGUAAAACAUUUUGUUUACUUUUUUCUACAACCACCGAACCGUGCUAUGCUAAAACAUGACAGACAUGACGUUCUUGUUGACCCAGCUCGUUUUCCUCCGAACCCCUAAAGGAGAAACGGCUCAGAAUUAGUUUUUUGCGACGCAACUGACCCGAUCUAUUUUUAUAUAUAUUGUACAACACUGUAUUUUCUGUGUGAGCAGAAUCUUUCAUCAUCGGUGACAUUUACAUGGAUUACUUCGAGUUGCAUGGGACUGGAACUGUUGCAUGUAAAUGGCGAUCCAUUUUACCAAAUUUGUGCAUUAUUUGAACUUGAUUUCUCUCGUCCUGGUAUUUUGAUCUGUUUUCUUUUUUUUUUUUAAUAAUUGUUUUAAUGUUUUGCUUUUGUUUUUGUUUUUUUGAGAGGAGAGCCCUAAGGCUGUGUGACAGUGCAAUCUGGAUAGAAAGAACAUCAGAUUUAUGUUAGGUUUUUAUUAUUAUAAUUAUUAAUUUCUUUUGCACCGUUUGAAUAAAUUCUCAUUGUAUUUCAAGA